AUGACCCUGGAGCCAUUUGUUUCAGCUGCCAAGAGCACCAGGCUUCCCGAACCACAGGUGCAGGAGCACGGAGCAGCCUGUAUCUGCGAGAAGAACAAGCGCGUCUCCAACUGCAGGCUGGUGGACGGCGUCUGCUGGUGCGACUCGGUUGGCUCCGGCGUGUCUGUGAACUGCAACACCCUGACCUCAAAAUGCCUGUUGAUGAAAGCAGAAAUGACAGGCUCAAAAUCAGGUCGUCGUGAGAAACCAAAAGAUGCAUUUGAAGAUACUGAUGGCCUUUAUGAUCCAGAGUGUGAAAAUACUGGUGUUUUCAAGGCGAAGCAGUGCAAUGGAACCACCUGUUGGUGUGUGAAUACAGCUGGUGUUAGAAGAACUGACAAACAUGAUGCAGACUUGAAGUGCAAUCAAUUAGUCAGAACGACGUGGAUCAUCAUUGAAAUGAAACAUGCUGAGAGAAACACUCCUCUGAACGCUGAAUCUUUAAAGAAGUUCUUCAAGGAUGUAAUUACCAGUCGUUACAUGCUGGAUGGACGCUAUAUAAGUAGCGUUCUGUAUGAAAAACCUUACAUUACUAUUGAUUUGAAGCAAAAUUCCACAGACAAAUCUCCUGGAGAUGUGGAUAUAGCUGAUGUGGCCUACUACUUUGAAAAAGAUGUGAAACGUGACUCCAUCUUUCAUAAUAACGAACUAAACAUCAGCAUUGGUAAUGAAGCGCUGAGUUUUGAGAAGACAGUGGUCUACUAUGUUGAUGAAAUACCACCAGAGUUUUCCAUGAAGUCUCUGACUCCUGGCCUCAUUGCUGUUAUUGUAGUAGUGAUAGUAGCAAUAGUUGCUGCAAUUGUUGUUCUGGUCCUCACGAGGAGGAGGAAAGGGAAGUACGUGAAAGCAGAGGUAAAGGAAAUGAAUGAAAUGCAUAGAGGGCUGAACGCGUAA